AUGGUGGCAGAGCUGGGGGAGAGGGAGUCGGAUUAUGGGCACAUCAAGCGCGUGUCCGGGCCCGUGGUGGUCGCGAGCGGCAUGUCCGGCGCAGCCAUGUACGAGCUCGUCCGCGUAGGCGCCGAGAACCUCAUCGGAGAGAUCAUUCGGCUCGAGGGAGACACUGCAACCAUCCAGGUGUAUGAGGACACGUCUGGGCUCAUCGUCGGCGACCCGGUGCUCCGUUCGCGGCAGCCGCUGUCCGUCGCGCUCGGCCCGGGCAUCAUGGGCAACAUCUUCGACGGCAUCCAGCGGCCGCUGAACGAGAUUGCGGCGCGGGCGCGCUCGUGCUUCAUCCCGCGCGGCGUGGACGUGUCGCCGCUCGACACGAGCAAGCCGUGGGAGUUCCACCCGGCGAAGUUCAAGGUCGGGGACCGCGUGACGGGCGGCGACGUGUUCGGCAUCGUCCAGGAGAACAGCUUGAUGGAGCACCGCGUGAUGCUCCCGCCCAGCGCGCGCGGCACCGUGACGUGGCUCGCGCCCUCGGGCGACUACACGAACAACGAGAAGGUGAUCGAGGUGGAGUUCCACGGGGAGAAGAAGCAGUACACGAUGACGCAGAUGUGGCCCGUGCGCGCGCCGCGGCCCGUGGCGAAGAAGCUCAUGGCGGACACGGCGCUCCUGACGGGGCAGCGCGUGCUGGACACGCUCUUCCCGUCGGUCCAGGGCGGGACGUGCGCGAUCCCGGGCGCGUUCGGGUGCGGCAAGACGGUCAUCUCGCAGGCGCUGUCGAAGUUCUCCAACUCGGACGGCAUCAUCUACGUCGGCUGCGGCGAGCGCGGCAACGAGAUGGCCGAGGUGCUCAAGGACUUCCCGGAGCUGACGAUGACGCUGCCGGACGGCCGCGAGGAGUCCAUCAUGCUCCGCACGACGCUCGUGGCCAACACGUCGAACAUGCCCGUCGCGGCGCGCGAGGCCUCGAUCUACACUGGCAUCACGCUGGCCGAGUACUACCGCGACAUGGGGUACAACUUCUCGAUGAUGGCCGACUCGACGUCGCGCUGGGCCGAGGCGCUGCGCGAGAUCUCGGGCCGCCUCGCGGAGAUGCCGGCGGACUCGGGGUACCCGGCGUACCUGGGCGCGCGGCUGGCGAGCUUCUACGAGCGCGCGGGGCGCGUGCAGUGCGCGGGCUCGCCGGACCGCAAGGGCAGCGUGACGAUCGUCGGCGCCGUGUCCCCGCCCGGCGGCGACUUCUCGGACCCGGUCACCGCGGCCACGCUGUCGAUCGUGCAGGUGUUCUGGGGGCUGGACAAGAAGCUGGCGCAGCGCAAGCACUUCCCGGCGGUGAACUGGCUGAUCUCGUACAGCAAGUACGGCAAGCACCUCGAGCCGUUCUACGAGCAGUUCGACCCGGACUUCGCGCGGCUGCGCACCACGGCGCGCGAGGUGCUGCAGAAGGAGGACGAGCUGAACGAGAUCGUGCAGCUCGUGGGGAAGGACUCGCUCGCGGAGGCGGACAAGAUCGUGCUGGAGACGGCGCGCUUCCUGAAGGAGGACUUCCUGCAGCAGAACUCGUACACGCCAUACGACAAGUACUGCCCCUUUUACAAGAGCGUGGAGAUGCUGCGGAACAUCGUGACGUUCCACGAGCUCGCCACGCGCGCCAUCGCGCGCACCGCGAGCAUGGACACCAAGGUCACGUACAACAUGAUCAAGUCCCGCCUCAACGAGCUGCUCUACAAGGUGUCGAGCCAAAAGUUCGAGGACCCCUCGCAGGGCGAGGCGAGCAUCCGGCAAAAGCUCGCCGCCAUCAACGAGGAGCUCAACGAGUCGUUCCGCAUGCUCGAGGACGAGUGCCGCUGA